AUGCCUCUCUUCCACCGCAAUUCAGUAUCCAGCUCCUCCUCGGCUCGUAGCAUCGAGGAGCCCAACCAACGCAGCCACGGGCUAUUCGGUGGUCGUAACUCCCAUUCCAGCCGCUCCCCUCGCCGUUCCUCGGGUAGCUACUCGAGCGGACACACCCAACGUCGCAGUUUGCUCGGCCGACACCAUGAAGACCCGUCUAUCGCAGCAGCCAAGGAGCAGGUCUUCCGCGCCGAGUCGGCAGAGAAAGCGGCCGAUCACGCUCUGAGGGAGUCCCGGAUGGCGGUGCGCGAAGCCCGAGACCAUGUGAAACGACUGGAGCACGAGGCAGCGGAAGAGGCGCGACUGGCCAAGCAUAAGCAGCAUCAGGCCAAGUCCAUCUCCAAGAGAGCUAAGCCUCUCGGACGUAAGUCUGGACUCUUGACCGGUUAUCCGUGUCAAUUGCCGCUAACGAUGAUAGGCCAUGUUUGA